AUGGCAUCUUCAUCUCUAUCAGUCGUGUUGCUCCUGUGCCUGGCCACAGUGGCGUCGGCGCAGCUGUCGACGACAUUCUACGACAAGUCGUGCCCUUUGGCUCUUGAAAAAAUCAAGACCGGCGUGGAGACGGCCAUCAACAGCGACCGCCGCAUGGCCGCGUCGCUGCUCCGGCUGCACUUUCAUGACUGCUUUGUCCAGGGCUGUGACGCGUCCGUUCUGCUGAAUGAGACUAGCGUGGGUGGCAACGAGCGGGGCGCGUUUGGGAACGUGGGAUCGCUGCGUGGCUUCGAGGUCAUCGAACAAAUCAAGAAGGAUGUGGAAGCCGUGUGCAAAAAGCCCUACAGCAACAACCCCGUCGUCUCCUGCGCCGACAUCCUCGCCGUCGCCGCUCGCGAUUCCGUCGUCGCGUUGGGAGGGCCGACGUGGGAGGUUCAACUGGGGAGGAAGGACUCCGCCAACGCUACCGUGGCUCUGGCCAACGCGAACCUGCCUGGGCCGUUCUUGGACGUCGCCGGCCUCAAGGCCAGCUUCGCCGGCAAGGGGCUCAACUUGACCGACAUGGUCGCCCUCUCUGGCGGCCACACCAUCGGGAUGGCGCAGUGCAAGAACUUCAGGAGCAGGCUCUACACCGAGCCCAACAUCGACUCCACCUUCCAGGACAAGCUCAACGACACCUGCACCCCGUCUGGCAACGACAACAGCCUGGCCCCGCUGGACGACACGGCGACCCCCCCGACCCAGGACAUGUUCGACAACGCCUACUUCCUCAACCUCCAGUCCAACAAGGGGCUCCUGCACUCCGACCAGGCGUUGUACAACGCCACCGCAACCAGCGGUGACACCGAAGUCAUCGUUAACAGCUUCGCUUCUGCCCAGGCCGUGUUCUUUAAGGCCUUCGCCUCGGCCAUGGUGAAGAUGUCCAACCUCGGCCCGUCGCCUGGCUCUCCUCAGGGCCAGAUCAGGAAAGAGUGCUCCAUCCCCAACUAAGAUCACCAUUUGCACCGAAAUGACAGCGUGGACCAACAACCUGCUGCUGUGAGAGUCCACCCGUAUUUUUGCCGUACAAUGAACCAUGCGUGUCCUUUCAGCACCUUGCAUUGUA